ACUUCACCCGGACAAAGUUUUUCUAUGAGGGGAACAAACAGCGAGCCUCCAAAGUACUCUCUGUGACCAGGAGCCUCGUUAUGUGCGGACAUUUGCACGUCGACGUUUCAUCCCGCCGUCGAAAUGUUCAUACAUUUGUUUCGUUUCAUCGAUUCCGUGGCUGUUGUGGCGACUAUUUGUGCAACUGUGUUACUGGCGAAAAGCUGUGUGUGUGUCACCGAGGAAGACGAUGAGGUCCUGGAGAAGAAGCAGCUCAUGGAGUUUUACAGUAAGUUCAUUAAAGCGUCUGCAGCUGCUGCUUUUGUUUUAAUGUGGAUGACCUCCUGCGGAUUAAACCAACACAACAUCUGUUGUUGGUGUUUUGUCUUUGAACAUGAUCCAUAAUUACACAGGCUAAGUGUACAGACAGUGUGCUGGAGGGAAACAGGAGUCUCUUCAGCUUCUUUCCACUGUGCUGAUAGGCUGUGUUGUGUGUGCAAAUUGAUGGUGAAUGAGGUUAAUUAAGCCCCCAGUUUCAUAGGAACCCACCCAGCUAUGUCCCAGUCCCCUAGUGGCUCACUUCUGCAGCCUGGCUCACAUUACCAACAGUAGCUUUUACUAGCCUACCUGAUAAAUCAGGGGGCUGAAGACAAAGUCCUCUACCUGAAGUUGGUUGUGAUCUUCAGAAACGUUUGUUUAUUUGUUUGUUUGUUUAUUAUGGAUCCCCAUUAGUUUUGACCUUACUCAGGACUAUUCUUCCUGGGGUCCAGACACUGAUACGCAACAGUCAAUACAUAGUACAAUCAAUUACAGUCAAUAAAUAGUACAAUGACAAUAACAUACAAUUAUAUUAAUAAAAACCGACAAAUGCAAAACGACAAAUGUGUUGUUCUGUCCCUGUUGUUAAAGACAAUCACCUGUAAAGGGGGGAAGUGAAGCACAUGCAGAUACAAUCUGUCUCGCAGCUGAAAUCUGGUUGAGGAAGUCAAGUGAAAUUAGAUUUAUAUUCACUUCCUCUGGCUUUCUAGGGCAUUGAGACGAUGCCUGUCUCUGCCUCACACUAAAUUGCAUGGUGCUGACUCAGCAUUUCCACUUUAUAAUUUGUUAAGACACGUGAACUGAUGAAUUUUUAGUCUAUCAGUCAUCGAGGUGCACAGUCAAACCCAAAAAGCGGAUCGUCUUUUUCAAGUCAGUGUGUUUUAGUUUUGUAUUUUAUCCUUUUGACUCUUCUUUUGAUAAACAGUUCUACUGUGUCUUUACUUUAAAUCUGCUCAGAUCUCAACGCUUUAUUUUUCUCUUAUACACUCAGUCUGAAGCUUGUAUUAGUAAUGUAAGAAUAUUGUUUUUAUGGGUUAUUCAAGUCCAGGCACACCGAGGAGGGAUGUCCAUGCAUUAAAAGUACAGCUCCGAUUAUAUACAGAAUACUUACAUCAAAGACUCUGUAGGUCUCGCACUCAGUCUCGACGUGCGAGACCAUUUCAAAACAAUCUUUCCAGCUGCUUAUGGUGUGAAAUUUUCAUUUGUGUCUUUGAUUUUCUACAGCGGGAGGAAGGAUGAGAGAAUCCCUGCGGCUGUUAUCAGUUUCAUACAUGCACAUUCAGAGUAUAUACCCUUUGUUUUGUUUGAGGAUCCAGUUACAAGAAAAGGAGAUUUCCCGCAGGACUUUCUCUGCAUUGAAAGCUGCUCUGUUUGCUGUAUUUGAUGGAGAAAUACUGUCACGAAAAGAAAACAUCCAUCUUCCUCUUUUUUUUAAGUUACAUAUUGACUUCAAUUCCUCGCUUCCUCCUGUGUGCCCCUCACCCUUUCCUCUCCCCAUUCCUGCUCUCCUGCUUCUCUCAUUUUCUUCUGUAUUUUCUGUUUUUUUUUCCAUGUCUGUCCAGAAAAGGGUUUGUUCAUCUUGGAGAGUGAGCCACUGAGGCGCUGCAUCACAGCAGACCGCUCAAACCUAGUGCUGGAGGACUGUGAGCGGCCCACGCGCAGCAUGCUGUGGAAGUGGGUCUCUCGGCAUCGUCUCUUUAAUCUGGGCACCAGCAUGUGCCUGGGCCUCAACAUCUCGGACACCACGCAGCCUCUCAGCAUGUUUGAAUGUGACCUCAGUCUCCCUGUGCUGUGGUGGCGUUGCAACAGAAACAUGCUGUAUGGGCCGUCUCAGUGGAAGCUAGCUGUGGCUGGACGUUUGGUGGUUGUGAAGAAAAACUCCUAUCAUGUGUGGAAAAGAUACAACACCCCUAAAGAGGGGCCCUGCUCACACCCAUAUGAAGGUAAAAACCCUGCAUGUAUAUCUUCUUUAAUAAUUCAUGCAGCGUGUCUUUGCUGAUAUAUGACAUCCUAAAUACUGGCUGUGUUUUUAUUUACAGAAAUCCACACUUUGUUAGGAAAUGCACAUGGCAUGCCGUGCGCUUUGCCCUUCAAAUACAACAACAAAUGGUAUUAUGAAUGUACAACUGAGGGGCGUGAGGACCAUCUUCCAUGGUGCGCUACAACCACUCGCUACGAUGAGGCGGAAAGAUGGGGCUUCUGUCCAGUGCAAGGUAAAAUUGAAACACAGAGGUAGGAAGAAUGAACUGCUGUGUUUUUUAUCAAAAUCCUCACCACAAUCUGCCGCAAUAAAUUAGUUUACCUGCAUAAAGCUCUGACAUCAAUCCCUUAAAGACCCACUCCGAUGAAAAUCAUGGUUUUCUUGUUUUUUUAUAUGUUCAUAUGGCAUUUGCUCGUAAGAAAGCUAAUGAUGAUAUUAGAUUUCAUAGUGUCUCUAAAAACAUUAGUGUCCGAGAGCUGAAUAGCUCCUAUGUUGCCUGCCACUUCUACUACACUAUCAAUGUUAGACUACAAGCUAACAUGAAGACGAGUGGGCAGAGCAGCGCUGUCUCUGGCCUCGACUCAGAGGCGAAUUGGUAAUGAAGUACUGGAGCUCUGCAGAAGAAAAGCCCUUGAAAAUGACAGAGGAAAUGCAAAUUUUGAUAAAAACUUCAUAAUCACAAUUUAAAGACCACUGCGAACACUUUAGGUAGAAAAAAAAACAAUUGAAGUGGGACUUUAAAAGUCCUUUGCCUCUAUUGAAAACAGGGAAGAUCCUUCACAGAGUUGUUUGCAAAAUUUAUGCAAAAAAGUCUUUGUCUACUUGUAAUUCUUGCAUUCUUAUUAAGAGGUAUACAAGCAAUAUGUAAUCUGGUAAUUUUAAGCCACUGUUUUUCUGUUAACUCUAUAAACUUGUGGUCAUGGGCAUGUUCAGGCUGUUUUAUUUCUACUUCAUCGUCAGUUUCCUACCGAUGUUUAAAUUUGCUGCUUUAUUCACAGAUGUCAGCUGUGAGCGUUUCUGGGAGUCAAACCAGGAGCUGCAGGCGUGUUAUCAGUUUAACCUAUACACCAUCCUGACCUGGAGUCAGGCUCUGUCAACCUGUCAGGCUCAGGGAGGAAACCUGCUCAGCAUCACUAGCCUGGCAGAGCAAAGGUACAUCAGAGGUAGGCAUCAGGUAAAAAACACACACAGGCACCAAAAAGCUGCUGAAUGAGGAUACACAGUUUAAUGCACACGUGGAACGUCAUAAAACAAUACUGCAAACCUACACUUAACCAGCAUAAUACAAAAAUCUUCAUUACCUUGAAUGGGACACAAGGAUUCAUCAUCCAGUCACUGUGCUCUUAAUUUUGCACUGCAUUUUUGGUCUCUUGUAGAUCGACUGGCAGGUGUUGGGGUGAUGGUCUGGAUCGGGCUGAACCAUUUGAAGGAUGGGCGUGGAUGGCAGUGGUCUGAUGGAGCACCUUUAUCAUUAGUCAGCUUCACCACAGGUACUGAUUGUUUGUUGGAGUCCCUGUCUGUUUUAUGGGAGGAGAUUUACUCUCCUCAUUCCUAGGUUGGCAAAUACUGAGGUCUAUUAGUUUUCUAUGAAAAACAUGAGACUGACAUCCUCUUGUGUCUGUGUUCCCCUCAGCUCUGCCUUCCAGCCCUCUUCAGGACAACAAACAGUGUGGGGUUUAUAACUCGGCCCAUGAGGGUCACUGGCAGAGUCUGUCCUGUGAGUCUGCUCUGCCUUACAUCUGCAAGAAGACACCCAACAACACCCGCAGAGCAGAGCCGCUAGGUGAGAGCGAUUGUUACCAUGACAGAAACACACUCACAGGUAGACCGCUCCCCUGCAAGUCCAGAGGUGUUUCAGAGAGGAGAAAUUAUGAGUCAGUGCGAAACCUACCUGAAGCUUUCUAAGCUCUUGGAGCCUCCACAGCUGCAGUGCACCUGGGGAGUGAACUCUUGACCUUCCUCUCUAGUGCUCCAUCGGCUGCUAGACUAAAACAAUGUCUGCUUUGAAUCUGUGUUUAUAAAUGUGUUAAUCUGGCGUGACUUCUUAUUCUCUCUACAUGUCUCCUGAUUCUCCCUCGUCUCACAGAGAGCUGGCAGUAUAUUCAUACAGAGUGUGCUGAGGGCUGGUGGCCUCAUAACGGUUUAUGCUACCUGGUGCUACCAGAAACAGAAGCAGGGAGCUGGGAAGAGUCUGCACGGGCCUGUGGCUCUCAGGAGGCGAACCUUACCAGCAUCCACUCCUUAUCUGAGGUGGAAAUGCUACUAAACCUCCUCGCAAACUGUAAGGCGCAUCAGGCGAUAUAGAUAUUACACUGUUUUGUGUGUGCGAGUAUUAUGAUGUGUAUGUAUCCUUAUGUUUCACAGAUUCUGGGGGGAGCUCAGAAGUGUGGAUCGGUCUUUGGAAACAAGCAUCAUCACCAACAGUAGAGUGGUCUGAUGGCUCCCCAGUAACUCUCACUCAGUGGCACCAGUAUCACCCUCCACACAAUCUGACGGACACAGCACUCUGUGCCAAAGUAGAUAAGAAGGUCAGCCCCAUGUGUGUCUGCUCCUUUAAUGUAAAAACUCACUCUUGACUCAUUUAUAACAAGAAACCUCGUAUAAAGUUAAUUAUUUUAGGGCCUGCAGCUGAUUCUUUGAAUUAUUUACUUAAAAUUGUUUACUUACAGUAUGUGUGAAUGAUAUUUUUAAAGACCAGACCUUGUUUCAAAUAUGAAAAAAAAUUUUUUAGGUGUACUUAGAAGAAAAAAACCUUGUAUUCAUGCCAGUGCAGCUCUUAAUUAUUGUUUUGUAUCAUUUUAUCGUGCAUCUCAAUCACUACUGCCCUUGUAAAAUUAAAUAUUAACCCCUUUUUUACAGGAAGGUAACUGGCUUUUGGCGUCAUGUGAUGAGCGACUGCCUGCUGUAUGUCGGAGACAGAGCACGAGCUCAGUUCUAGACCCUGGAACUUGGGAUGAGGGUUGCCCUGAGGUAAGACCAUAAACAUAAACAUCUGGGCUAGCAUGCAUUCAAUAGUUGAAGACUUGUUGAGAAACAAAGACGUCCUGUCUUGAAAGGUUAGCCUAGCUUUUCUCACAGCUUCCGAUAGUCAAGAAGCUGAAACAUAACAUAACAUGCUCCACUUGCUCGCUUUAUCAUUUUAGUUUCAUUUUAUCUCACUGUACCCGCAUGUUGCAUAAAAACAAACUGCAAACAGCACUCUGUUACAGAUUUAUUAUUUAAAAUAGACUAGGAUUUACUGGCUGAUUAAAGCUGCUUUUUAGCUGUUUUGAGACCCCCUGCAGAUGAAGAAGAAAAAUCCUUCCCAACAGAGGUUGAAGUGAUUUAUUUGUGACUCUUAGUACCAGACUAUCUUCUCUGCAGUGUCACAAUAGCUUCAUACAGACCAGGACAGGCACCAGGCAGGGACACACGCCGGCUGCAGUUCUGAGCAAGUUGCCGGUUUUGGAAGCACAAUGAGCUGAUUCACUUCACUGCUGACGUGUUGUCUGGCGUUCAUGUUCCUCCUUGACUCUGUUUACAAGAAUAUCAGACUCCUGAGUCAUCAGGCUACUUCAUGCCCAGGAUCAUGAGGCCAAAAAAUGGGCCUGAAGGCAUAAUGUCAGUGGACAAGGCUCAACCAGUCUACAAUAAAUCCUGCCAGGGGUUCAGCAAACAUAACCGUGUUUUCCACCUCUGUCUCCUCUUUGUCUGUAUUUUUACACUCAGGUUAUGGAGGUAAUGAUGGGAAAUUUUUACCAGACACUGUUAUGAGGAAAAGCUUUGGGCUUUGUCUUAUGCAAGUGUGGGCCUCUUGACCCCUGGUGUGGCGAGGGUGGGGGGUAGAUGGGAUAUAUAGGAGAAAGACGGGGCAGUUAAUUGACACCACUUGUCAAAACAUACUCACAGCUUAAACUAACCCACAGGCCUGAAUACACACACAGGCUUCAUAUUAAUGCAGCUGGAAAUAUUCGCCAGUAUUUCAAAUAUGAUAUAUUUAAUUAAAGUUUAUGGGAAACUUGAAACACCCCUACUUUAAAAAGUCAACGUGCUUCGGACGAAGGUGUGACUUGAUGCAGAUUUGUCAGCUGAGAUAGAGAUAAGUGUACGAAUGAUAAAUUGAUUAUCAGUCUACUAUUUUUCCGGUCAGCACCAUUCACAAAAAAUAUAAUAUAGUUUGGUGUAUGAAGUCCUUGAAGGUUCUACGUUUGAGUUUUUUUUGGAUCUUAUAAUGUUCAAACAAUCUGGAAAUAGAUUUAAAGGGAUAUUCCAGCUUAAAAUUAAGUUAGGGUCAAACACAUCGUAACACUGAGUUACACACCGUGUCGCGAGAUGAAUGUUGCCAACUACUUGCUUCUUUUAUUAAACCAACUUAAGUAACGACCACAGGAUAGCAAUAAACAGCGGUCUGAGGAGCCGCAACCAAAACACCACUCUAUAACCACAAAUAAUGCUCAGAACAACACCUAACUUCAUCAACAGUACAUAUAGGGUCCCAGCCAUAGUAACAGCCACCAAACAUCUUUUAUCUUUGCCUGAUUUCUUUAGUAAAGAGACUAAACACAACUCACCUACUCUCUUCCAGCAGCUCCUUGUUUGUACAGAGACCUUGUUCAAGUCCAUCACCGACUGCUGCAGGGUGACACAGCUCAAGGAAGAACAUUUAUGACCAUUACUUCAUGGAAAUGCAAUCAGAUCAGGACGCUAGGCAGAAGAACUACUGCGUCUGCAGUGCAAAAUGAUUAAUAUGGUGAUUAUUAUUUCAAGGAAAUGAUAAAGAAAUGAUCAUAAAUGUUCUAUCUUGAGCUGCGUCACCCCUCACUGCAGUCAGUUUGGACUCACCUGAGGUCUCUGUACAAACAAGCGGCUGUUGGAAGAGAGUAGGUGAGUUGUGUAUAGUCUCUUUGCAAAAGAAAUUAGAAAAGUUAGAAAGAUGUUUGGUGGCUGGGACCUUAUAUGUGCUGUUGAUGAAGUUAGGUGCUGUUCUGAGCAUUAUUUGUGGCUAUAGAGUGGCGUUUUGGUUGAGGUUUGCACGUGGCUCCUGAGACCGCUGUGUAUUGCUUUUGUGUGGUCAUUACUAAAGUAGGUUUAACUAGAGAAGCAAGCUGUCGGCAUCAUUCAUCUCUCGAUGGCGUGUCUAACUCGGUGUUAGGUGUGUUUGACCCUAACUUAAUUUUACGUCGGAAUAUUCCUUUAAGUUGUUUUCUUUUGUUUUGUUUGUUGUUGGUGUUGCAGGGCUGGAAGCGACACGGCCACUCCUGCUACACGGUGACCAGCCAUGAGCAGAACUUUUAUGAUGCACUGGAUGAAUAUUACUGUGAUGCUCCUCUCCUCACUGUAGAGAACAGGUGGUUCAGCUGAGGAUUUGCAUUGCCUUGUUUAAAAAAUAAGCCUUUGUUAAUUAGUUUUUUGGAACAGCAAAGCCUUUGUCCUUAUCAUCUUUCUCCUUUGGUGAGCUGGCAGGUUUGAGCAGGCAUUCGUAAACAGUUUGCUGAGCGUGAGUGGGGCUAACAGCAGCAAGUCUUACUGGAUACGAAUGGUAGACCUGAGGAAAGAUGGAGAGUACGGCUGGAUUCCUCACAAAGGCUCCCUGAUGCCUCUCACCUUCACCAACUGGAACAAGCAUCAACCAGGUUCCUAGAUGUUGGGAAUAUUUGUUCGCCAAUUAAAUAUCUGUGGUUUUGCUCCGUUUGCUCAUCUCCUUCAUUUUUCCCUUUUUCUCACCUCAGUCAGCGGUGAAGGCUGUGUUGCCAUGUCAGGUGGCCCUGCUUUGGGUCAGUGGGAGGUGAAAGACUGCAAAUCCUUUAAGGCUUUGUCAGUAUGCAAGCAGAACAUCAGCAGCUACCAUGGUGUCACACUACCAGAGCAUCACAUCGAUGCCUUCGCCCCCUGUCCUCCAGGGUGGGAAUCACACUCUGGGCUCUUCUACUGUUUUAAGGUAGGAUCAUACUGACCUGCUUUCUUCAGCACCUCUCACAUGAGCAGAGCACCUGAAAACUUCCAGAACUUGUUAGGAGGAUGUGCCCCUCGCAGUAUUUAGUAGUUGCUGUGCUACAGAAAUUUCUUUUUUUAUUUCCUCUAUCACAUGAGUGUGGAUAGAUUAAUUUAUUGAUUAAUUUCGAAUAUUUCCUCCUCACAUUAUGAGGUAGCAGGAGAAAUUCUCGACGCUGCCAGUGCGAAAAUUUUGUCUCAACAAAUUCACACAAAUUUAAGGGAGUUUUUUUUUGUAUAAGAUCUGCAAGUCACGAUCAUUUACCCAAACUUUUGAUUUCUCAGUUAUUUUCGAGCAACUAGUUUUUAGUUUUUGGAAAAUGGUCCUCACAGAUUGGCAUAUUUCAAGCUCAUGUCAUGUUUUUUUGCACCUGAGGUAAAAACUAAAGGUAUUACAUUUUCUUUUAAAUUUCAGGAGAUAAAAUUAUUUGCCAUUUUAGCCUAAAAAAAUACAACCACUGUAAACUUGGAAUUAAGGUAUUUGCUGAUCAACCGUAAUAUUCCAGCUCUUCUGACUGUGCAAAUUAACAAUAUUAAACUGUAAAGCGACUUAAAUGCUCCUUUGAAACACCAGCCUAAAGAAGAAUAGUUCAAAUCGAGUCUAAUCCUUCAAAAUUGAAAUCAAAUCAUGAAAAUAACUGCAUUGACUUGCAGCUGACACAAACUUUGUCUCCUUAGGUGUUUCACGAUGAGAAAGUCUUGAUGAAGCGUUCCUGGGUGGAGGCAGACUUCUUCUGUCGGGCCCUUGGUGCUCAGCUGGCCAGUUUCCGCUACUACGAGGAGCAGGUGUUUGUUAAGCGGCUCCUCAGCACCAUGUUUGAAAGGUUGGUACCGCCUUCUGAGCCUCAUCAGCACAGGGGAUGUUGUGGGAACUGAAAAAGACGCCUUUUGAGGUGUUGUAUUUUGAGGUUUUGUGUGCGUAGAGCAGCUUGUGCAGGAUUUAAUUAUUGGCUUCCGAUCAUAAAACAUGGUUUAAGAUUGUUUUAUGUUCUGUGGACGGAUGAUUACUCUCCUGCUGGGAAAAUCAGUUUCACUUAAGAAUCCUUUGGCAGAACAAAUCAGAUGGAUUGGUGGGCUUGUAGAGAAGCUACGUAUAUUCAAACAUAGAAAUUAGCAAAAUAAGAGGUUCAAAUAAGCCUCAUGUAUCUUCCUCCAGUAUGAUGAAAUAAUUACAUUUGGUGUGUACAUACAUUUCUUUGAAGUAUUUUCUUAUAUUUUCUGUGUGAUUUCCAAAGACCUUGUGUUGCAGUGCUUUUUUUGUCCUCUCUUUUAGCACAGAGGGCCGCUGGUUCUGGGUUGGGUUAAAUAAGAGAGACCCUGAAGACCCUGGUGCCUGGGAAUGGUCUGAUGGUUCCCCUGUGAGUAGACUGAUACAAUCACUUACCUUGCUGCAGCUCAGGGUGAUAUUAAGGAUGUUAGCGUUGUAAUGUUGUCUCGUUUGUCUUCUUUUUUUGUGCAGGUUGUGACGUCUUUCAUAGAGGAUAAGAAUGAGGAGGAUGACAGGAGGGAUUGUGCCAUGUACAGUGACCUGACCAAUGGUCUCAUGCCACAGCCCUGUGAGGCCAAACAUGAGUGGAUCUGCAAGCUGGCCAGAGGUUAUUGCACUCAGACUACCAAUCUACACAAAAAUACAAAGACGCAUCAGAGCCACACAACUCACUGAACUCAUUUUUGUUGCAGGUGAUGAACUCAUAAAACCUUACUGGUACACUGAGCGUGAGUAGCUUUUCAUUCCUCUGGUAAACACAAGUUUUAUUAGUGCUGUUAUAUGAUUACAAAAUUUGUGUCUCUUUAAUAUGUGCAUUAAAAAAGUAAACCAGGCUAAAUGUGGUCUGGGGGGACAAAAAACUUCUGCUUUUAACUCUUUUAUCAGUUUUGUUUUGAUGUAUUCAUUUAAAAAACAACUGAUAUACUUAAAUAGUAAGAAAUCUGCAGAGGGCUAAAAACUGUCCCUAUAUUUUCGCCCUCACAGAGAGUGAGCCCUGGGUGUUUUAUCGCGGAGCUGAGUACCUGCUGGCAAAGCAGCCCUUCGACUGGGAGGCAGUCUCUCUGGCCUGUCAGAUGAUGGGAGCGUACCUGCUGUCCAUCCACUCCAGAGAGGAGCUACACUUCAUCAAAGAGCGCCUGAAACGGGUCUGUAACUGUUACCACAUGUGUUCAAGGCGUCUUACACUGGUGACAAUGAGAUUUUAAAUGAUGCACCUGCACAGGCACUGAAAAACAUCUCAUUUGUGUUAAAUGCUGAAAUUUCUAGACAAUUACAUUACACAAAGAAUGAUAUUCGGGCAGUAGUUGGAGUAAAAGCGUGCAAUAUUGAGAUAGUAAAACAAUUCUUUUGUCAGAUUAAUGAAAAUGUGCAGGAUAGACAUAAUUCAAAAACCUCCAUUUUAUUUUUUAAACCUGUUUUACUGCAAUACAGGAUGGAAAAUGCCUGCUCUGUCACUAUGAUAAUUAUUUAAUUAAAAAGAAUAAAUAUGCUGUAACAAACACAUAAAACUCAACAGCUAAAGUCAUUUUAUUCCUCACUGCAACAGUGGAAUAGCUGUAGAGUGAAAGUUGUUACAGCUCCUGAUUAUAUCUGCCAUUUAAAGCGCUAAACUAAAGGUCAGGCUUGUUUACCUUAAAUACUGGAGAUAAAAAAGGGCGUCCAAGGUUAUGUUGUUAUUUACUCUCUGCUUAUUGAAAGGCCAACUUAGCUUAUUCAUUUAAACAAGGAACAUGUGCACGAACAAGUGUGAGCUCAACCCACACACUUGCUCCUUAUACAGACACACCAAGUGUUUACACGCACUCACGCGUCAACAAGCUAAAAUGUACCUCAUAUAUGGACGCUUUAAAACUCGAGUGCAGCAGGCACAAGGCAGCAGGGGAAAUAAAAGAGAUUUUGGACAGCAGCCUUUUUGGGUGAGUAAAGAAGUCUCUUGUGUAGUUGAGGCCUGUGAGAGGAUAAAGGAAAUGAAAAGAGAGCGAUGAAAGAGAAAAAGCACAAGCCAAAGAGAGGGCCUGAAUGGUCGCUCAUGUCAGAGCGGCUCUGAAAGACUCGGUGUGGACUGGAUUUGUAAAGCAGGGUGAAGUGAAGUAAGCUGUUUUUUUGUUUGUUUGUUUUUUUUCUCUCUUUUUAUUUCUUUCAUCUCUUCAGCUCUCCCUGGGCCCGACUGAAUGGUGGAUCGGCAUGUCCAUCCCACAGCCUGGAGAGGAGGUCAGGUGUGUGCUUUGUGGUUUGUUAAAAGUGUCAUUAAUACAACUGGAUCAGUAGUACCAAAACACUGCUGUUAAUUUGUUGUACACCUUAAACAGGAGCCUACAUAUUUUGAUCAGCACUUUGUUUAUUUCUUUCAGUAAAAAACUGUAAGAAAAAUCCCAACUGAAGUGCUGACUUCACAGUAGAAACUGCAUUUCAUUUAAAUUGCACAUAAUGGAUGCUUUUUGCUCAUUAAAUAUUUAUAUGCAAAUUUUAAAAGGCUUUUAAAGUCCAAUGCAGAAUAGUUUCAUGAGAGAAACACACACUGAUCAGCCAUAACACUGUGACCACCUCCCUCAUAAUGUGUAGACCACGGAUCACGCCACAAGAGCUGCACUUUUGGGAGAUAAUCUGACCUCUGUUUGGCCAUCACUGUCACUGAUUUUCUUGCUUCCAACACAUUAAAUGUUCACUUUCUGUGCAAAAAAAAGGAAAUGUCUUGGCUGACAUAAUCAUGCUUUGGUUAUGGUUUCUACAUUUUUUUUUUUUUUGUAUUUCCAACUGGUGCUUUUUCAAUCACCUUUUUUCACUGAUGAAAUGGCGCCAAACUGUAGUGUAACCAUCAUGGACUUUUUCUCUCCUUGCAGUCAGCACCUACAGAGGUGAAUGAACACACGCCACUUUUUAACCCUUUAAAAAUGAAAACUUUUAAAUUUAGGCAGUAGGGGUAGAAGAAAAAAAUGACAAAAAUUUCACAAAAGUAUCGCAUUUUUGUUUUACAAUUUUUAUAUUCAAAAAUUGAUUUUUUUUUUUAGAAUUUAAAAAUCAAUCUUAAAAACUGACUUACAUUUGAUGUGUAUUUUUUGGGGAAAUAUGGUUCAUGAAAUAAUCAGUAGACAAUCAUAAUCAUUCAACUGUUUCACUGGUGUUAAAAAUGCAGACUAAAGAUUGAGAAAAUCGACAGUAUCAUAGAAUCCUAAUUUAAAUCGAAUCGCAAAAGAAUCGAAUCGGGAGAAAAGCAUAUCCCAGUCUAAUUCACAUGCACAAAUCUCAGUUGCUGAAUGUAACUGUGUGUUUGUUUGUAGGUGGAGAGACCAGACGGAUUUAGAUUUUCAGAACUGGGCCGAUGGCAACCCCAGGAAAAGCGGGAUGUGUGUCACCAUGUCAUCUUCAACAGGUAAACAGAUGCACAUGCAGAAACACACUGAAGCAUGAAUGUGUACACAUGCUGGCAUGAGUUAAGGUUUCUCUGAUGUGUGACAGGAAAGUGGUCGACGAAUAAGUGCAGCAACCUCCACGGCUACGUGUGCAAGAGAAGGACUGUGUCUGUGGUGGAGACUCCCAGGGAACCCCACUACAUCGGGGGAUGUCCGGAGAAGUGGCUGUACUUCGGACACAAGGUUUACAAACACAUUUGAACACAAAUACACACUCACCCUUCACUCAGGGAAAUGCAUUAAACUGUGAAGGAGUUUUGAUGGAUUCAAAAAGAUGUUCUGAAUUUGCCAAAUUUCACCUUUUUAAAUGUGGUUGCUCUUAUUUUUCAUAAUGUCCUCUUUACUCUGAUCUUUCACACAGAUCAGCUUUAAAAACAGACACAUCUCCUCUUUCCCAGCUGCCUUUUGGGUUGAAGCAGGAUGUUUGUGUUUCCAUUCAGUGGUCUUGAGUGAAUUUUGUUGACAAAAUUGGAGUAAACCCCUGCUGAUGAAGCUCAAGCUGAGUCAACUUCAACAAAUAGCAAAUCCAGCUGAUUCUGGAACCCUGCUUGAUGAGAGAUCUUGACCUUACUGGAUUAACAUUCUCAUCUUUUGAUACGUAUAAGUAUGACAUGACAUACAAAGAAAAUUGAGGGAAUUCUGAAGACAGUCUCACUCGUGGGCCUCUGUCGUUUUUUUCACUCUGCAAAUGUAAGAAGUUGCUGCUUUAUAGUUUCUCUGUUCUUCCCAAACCUUCUCCGACAUGAGUGGCAUCUAUUGAGCCUUUUUUUAGUGCCAGUGAAAGUGACACUAAUGUCCCAAACAGACCCUGUUGACACCUGGCAUUACCAUCAGAUCUAGGAGAUCACACCACCGAUGCCAAGCCACAACUUCCAGUGUGAACACUCAUCAAUGUUCACAGAGACCUGAUCCCUCAGUCCACACACAGAGGGGGGUCUGGGAGGCAUGUGUCCACAUUUGCCUGGUAGUGCACACACUCAUGCGUGCUCGGCCACAAUAAGGACAGCCCACCCUUCAACAAUUUCUUGUGAGCCCGGUGUGUGCUUACGGACAGAGGCCAUCAUUUAUGUUAAUUUGCAUUAGUAAGGAGACUGUUAAGUCAUGGUGUGAAUGUUUCAUGCUGGUUCCAUUGUGUUCCAGUCACUAAAAAAGCCACAUGUUGUUGCAAAGUCUGAUGUCGGAGUGCUGCUAAGACGAUAUUCUCUGUACCUGUCCUCACAGCCAAAGAAAAGAAAGAAAAUCUGAUCACAUGCAGAUCUACAUUUAGAAACCACUCUCAUCUCCUGUCUGUGUAAUUCACAGCGUCUGUAGGCACAGUCCGUAUCUAUACUUAAACUAGUACAUGUCAGUCUUCAUGCAGAAUACAGUUUUCUCAUGUUUACGAGAAGAUUGGAAACAAUAUAAAACCUAUUCAUUUGUUUUUAUUUGAUUAUGCCCAGUCUCAGCGUCGUCACUCCUUCCCCUAAAUAAAUAAAUAAACAAAUGAUUGGGGUAAACUACAGAUAACAUUGUUAAAGCUCCUCGUCUCUCUGAUUGUUUUCACUUUGAACCACGCUGAAAAUAACUUUUUUUUCUGUUCUCUUGCUUCAAGUAUAUGGAGUCAUUUGAAAUAGUUAUCCAUCUUCUUGAAAUAUAGAAAUAUAUUGUAGAGUUUUCUGUGCAACAUAUGUAGAAAGAAGAUAAGGUCAAGAUGUUUCAUGUUGCAGUUUUCUUAUUAGAAAAAACAUUUUCCAACAGUAACGUUUGAUCCUGAAAUGCAUUUUUAGUGGUAGUAAUAGUUUUUGGAAGGACUAUUAUUGUUCUGCGUGUUUUGAUAUAACAGAUGCCCCUGCAGAAAUGUUGUUUUUUAUGGUCUUGAACAUUAAAGCUUCCCUGAGGAACUUUUAGUUUGUUCUGAUUUUAUCUCUGAGCUUCUGCAGUAUAUUAUGCAAAUUUUAUUCUCUUUCAACCUACAAAUGCAUCAGGAACCUUUUUUGAGAUAAUGAUACAAUAAAGCUGUUCCUGUGAAUCACUUUCUCCGACACUUACCUCUGGCAGCAGUUUAGAACAUUAGUGAUAGUAUAAAAAUAUCUCAUCUUAGACUUAAAAAGCCUUUUUUUUGCUUCAGCAGGUCAUCUAGCGUCUUCAUAACAGUUUCAGUCUCUUUACCUGAUAGUAUUUUACAGAGCUGAAUUUAUCGAGGAUAUAAGAAGUGGUGAAGUCAUGUCCGCUUCUUAGAGCCCUUGAGAGGAGCUCUCGCUAAUGCAUAAAGGAUCUUUCAGCCAUCAUGAAAUCACAGACGGACUUAUUCUCUCACUCGUAGCCUUCCCAAACAUGAGUCCUAGUGAUUAAAGUGAAAUAAUGAUCUCUGUUUAGAGUGUUGUACUCAUCUUCUGUUUGUGAUUGUGUUAACAUGUGCAGUGUCUCCUGCUUCAUCUCGUCGAUAAUCCAAAGGAGGGAAAGAGUUGGAAAGACGCCCAGUCCAUCUGUUCAUCAUUUGAAGGCUCACUGGUCGCUAUUGAAGAUGAGAUAGAACAAGGUAGAGGCGAAGAAAGACAGUAGUCACUUUGUUUGGUACACAAACACCAUCAGUUGAGAUUGUGCUUUUCUCCACCUCUGUUUGUUUUCACAGAGAAACGAUGCUUUCGGUUUAGUUUCUUUUCUAACUUUCUUGUUAUUGUCUCUGCAGCCUACAUCACCAUGUUGCUGCAGGGAAGCUCUGUGGGUGUAUGGAUUGGUCUGGGAGACUACGACACCAUGAGAUGGACUAAUGGGAAACCAGUCAGCUACACCAACUGGUCUCCAAUUGAACCAAAGAGCUACAUCACUGUAAGCUCAUAUUCAUUAAAGUACUUCUGUUAAUGAGAAACUCUGCGUGUUUAUGUAUUAGUAAGUCUUUGUCAACCCCCCCCUCCAGGAGGACGAGUGGGUCAGUGGAUUUGUUGGUGAACGACUGUGUACCGUUCUGUCCAACAACCACAACUUCCACUUGACAGGAAAGUGGUACGAUGAGAGGUGUAGCGAGAGUGGGUAUGGAUUUGUUUGUCAGAAACCUCAAGGUGAGAGUCUCUCAAAAUCUCUAACUUCGGUUUGAUUCUGACGUUACUUUCAUUGCCUAUCUGAACCUUUACGUCUUGAGUUGAUUGUGAGUCUUUUUUGGAAACUGUGUCAUUCAGCCAUCACUGUUUUGGGAAAUAAACUAGUAAGCAGUCAAAAGCAGUAAAAGUGACUUUUGUCAGUUGUACUUUAAUGAGUUUGUGGAGCCACUUGUUUGGUCUGGACAUGCUGUAUUUAAGUUUGAAUGAAUAGUUCUUAUUUUGGUUCUUUACCCCAAGGAGGAGUAUGCUAUUUUGGGUUGAUAUACAUGUUCAUUUUUUUGCACAGUAAUAAGAUAAGAUGAAAUAAUUUUAAUUCCAUUUUUAUAGCUAUUGUUUUAAGUAAAGCUGCAGAUGCAUAAUUAUUAGCAUUAAGGAAACCAUCUCUGACUGCCUCAGUGCUCGUCAAAAAAAAUGGAGUCUGAAUGAACCCACAUUACAUUUUUUAUUUUAUAGAACAAGUGCAAAAAAUAUGCUGUAAAAAGAGCUGUAUCUCAGGACUUACAGUAACCCUUGAUGUAAAAUUUCUAGAGUCUCUGUGAGACAGUCGUGAAAGAUUAAAAAAAUCCUCUCACAGCCUUUAGGGCCUGUGUCCUAAAUACCAUUAUGGCCAUUAGGGCCUGUUUCCACUCAUUUUUUUCUGUUGGGAACACGUACAAUCCUCAACUUUAAAGUGCUUCUCACCAUUUUUUAGAUAUAUUACAAAUACUUCCCUCUUCUGUUUCUCAUGGUAGUGAUAGUUGGGAAGCUCUGUUUUAAAUGCUCCUCAUGCUUCAUAUUUGCAUUUAUUAGCAGGAAUUUUACAAAGAAAACAUCAAAAUGAAUUUGUUGUGGCUGGCUGAAGGGUCUUAUCAAUCAUUGUGCUUGUUUGGAUAAUUAUCACCUUAAAGCAAUAAUUUUGACCAAGCCUUUCCACACUCUUCUCUCCUGCUUUUUCCCUCUUGCUACAGAUACAUCCAAACCCCCCACUCACUCCUAUCAGCUCCCUCUCCCCGACAAUAUAGAGUACAGGAGCCGCAGCUACAAAGUUGUGCCCGGCAACAUGAGCUGGUACGACGCCAUGCAUAUGUGCAUAGAGAAUGAUUCUGACCUAGUGAGCAUUACAGAUGCAUACCACCAGGCUUUCCUUACUGUCCUUGUCAAUAGAUUGGCAGUCCCUCACUGGAUCGGCCUGUACAGUCAAGAUGUAUGUAUCCUCUCAUAUCGUGUGUACUGUAUACCUCUGCAGUGUGUGUCUUUGCUAUGUGCUUCUGUUGGAGAGGUAGAGAUGUAUGAGUGUGUUUGUUGGCUUUUCCACACUUUGGGGAAAUAAGCUCAUUCUCCGUUCUUAGAAGAUAUGGUGAGAAUAUUAAUUUUGUAAGCAGAAAAGCAAAAAACAAGCCCUGAUCUGUUCAAAAAGUUUAAAAACCUGUUCAGAAUCACCUUAAAGCUAUAUGGUUAACAUGUUAUCUACUUUAUUUUUCAUAUUUUAGAUUAAAAGGUGUGUUAGUGGUUUAGUUAGACUGAUUUUUUUUUCCCUUUAUAGCAAAAAAACAAGUAGUUUGGCUCUUUUGUCAGCUAACUAACAAACAAACAUCGGCCUACUUAUACUCAAGUUUUCUCAGUUGUUCUCUGAAGGAAAGGGAAUAAGCAUAUUUUCCAUCCCUGUUCAUGCAUGAGACGGUGCUUGACGAUGCUUUUCUAUCUUUUCUGUCUCUUGUAUGCUUGUGCAUGUUAUCACAUCAACACAGUAAAACUGGCAAAUACAGCAGUGAGUUCAUGUUGAUCGAUCACUGCUGAAAUGAUUGCCAAACACGAGGUGAAGGUUGGCUUUUGAUUGCUGUAAAUCCUGUCAAAAGUGAUGCACCUCUUGAUAAGACUUGGGUAUCUUUAUUUGCAGAAAUGUCCUCAAAAGCAGAUCGAGAAUUUUUGAAAAAAAAAAAGGAAAUAAAGGAAUAAGAAGAGGGUGACGUCCAGGAAAAGGGCCAAGAGUUUGAGUGUACCUCUUACUAGCUGGUUGCAGUUGUCCCAUAUACCUCUUGUUUUUUUCUCCUGGCCUUUUGCCCAUGCAGAGGUAUCUCAUCCACAGGCGUAGGCUUCCCCAGCAAACAGUCAGAGCCCUAGCAAGUGAAACAAAGUAUGGCUGGGUCCCCCAUGGGACGUCUUAGUCAUGGAGGGAAAUGAACACAUGGGGUGGACUGAUUCUUUCUCUGACACUCUGCCUGGUCAUGUUGUAUUUCUGCUCAUGAAUCACCCUCACUAAGCAUAUUCUCUUAGCUCUUAAUUCACUCAUUAAUAUUGUAGCCACCCUACUUUAAUACUAAAAAAAAGAGCUAUAGCAUUUUUAUUUUAUAGCAUCACAGACUAUUAAACCUGUCGUGACUCAUCGUUUGAUCAUCAUGCACAGCAUCACCGGGUGUGUGUCAUCUCUGGUGAAUCAUUUCCAAGAGACUCCCUCAGAGAAGUAAACCUCCUAAACUAUGACAUGGGGCGUUAAAAAGUUCAAUCAAACAUAGAUCCACACAGACUGCAGAUAUCCAUUCCUGUGGAAUAUGCGGUAUAUAUUGCCUUGCUAUAAUUUACAGGUUCACAUGCUUAGAGGUAUUUAAAAGUAAAAAGGUGUGUUUUCCUGCAUCUAUGCCCUUUUAUAUUUGUUUAAUUUUAAUGAUAGGAGCUUCUUGAGAGUGAAGCUUCUGCUCUAAUUCACUUCUAUAAAACUGCUUUAAAUGCAGAUGUCAACACCGUCGCUACAGCAGCUCCUCCAUCACUGUAACUUCUUCACUUUGGUGAUUGUGCUUCUUAACAGGGCGGCAUCAACUAUCAGUGGACAGAUGGCAGCGACACCGUGUACACACACUGGGACGCAGCCGAUGACGACUUUGUGAGCGGAGAGUGUGUGUACAUGGACGUGAGUGGAGGCUGGCGGAGAGCUGACUGUGAUGCUCCUCUGCCUGGAGCCUUGUGUCACAUCCCCCCACCCAGUCAGUGUUACUUCAGGGAAACUCAGAAAUCAGAGCGCUCAAAAUCUUCAUCUCUUCAGCUGUUUGUAAUAUUUGACAAAAUAUUCUGUAUUUUUUUCCGUCAUCCUCACACAGGCAGUAAACCGUUCGUGUCGUAUGAGCUUGUCUGUCCCUCCACGUGGGUGAAGUCUGAGUACGGCUGUUAUAACUUUGAGCCCGUGGUGCAGAAGCUCACAUUCGAAGAGGCAAGAGAGCACUGCAGACGGAGAGGUGAGGAAUCAUAUGGUUAACUGCAGCUAUUGAUCUGUGCAGGCAGUUAAACAUGACUGAACACUGGAGGAAACAUGCUGCUAAAAUCAUCCUUUUCAACAUAAGACUGUGCAUGUUACUGUUAGUUCUUCAGCUAACUGGUACGAGUUACCAGCUGGUAAUAGGAUGAAGGAAUAAGGUGGACAGAAAAUACCCUCUCCCAGGCUCACCUCGAAGCCAAACCAUUGUGAGCUGCUGACUGUGAUCCAGAAAACCACCCCCUUUCAAGUUCCACUUAACAUGAUUCCCACCCAUAGUAUUGGUCUAGUAAACAAUAAACAAAACAACCAUCAAAACAAGAAAACACAACAACUCACAAAGCCAUCUCCUAAAUUUUUAUUACUGAUGGAUCUGAUUUUUACGGUUGCUAAUUACUUCUUGGCUGCUGUAUUAUCUCCAUCUUCUAAAUGGAAUAAAUGCGCCCCCUACAGGAUAGAUAGAGGAGCUGCUUCAAAAGCACAAGAUAUUGGAAAACUGAGUUUUUCCCAGUAAAUAUUGACCCUAUUGAGGUGAAACCAAGUUAAAGAAGCAAGGGGUGCUGCCAGAGAUUUUGGGUCCCAUGGCAAAAUAUCACUCUGGGCCCCACCGCUUUAAUACUGCAGGUUCAUCUAUAUUUUAGUCACGGGACAGAAGAUUUGUCUGAAUUCUUCUCCCUUAUAUGGCCCCUCUGUGAAGACGACAAGGAUCCAGCCUGUUUUCAGUCUCUCAAACUAAGCCACCGCUGUUUUAGUCUUCAAAGAGGCUUCUUAUCUCACUCUUAGACGUAAAGUCAAGAACUAUCUUUCCAAUCAAGUUGAACAUAUUCCUUUAAACUUCCCUGUAUCUAAAAGUUUCUCAUACUUUUGUCACUUUCUAGUCAAUUCCUCAGAUGUCCUGACCAUCGAGAGUGAGUCGGAGAAUCGUUUUGUUCUGGAGCAGCUCUGGACGUCAGGUUACCUCCACCAGUCUGUGUGGUUGGGGAUGUACUUUAACAUCGACAGUAAGAAUUUGUCUCUGUCUCUACAUGCCAUGUAGCCAUGGUUCCCUGCAGCCUUUUUUACAUAAAAGAUACCUUUGUUUCCAGCUGACUCUUUGUCCUGGGUGGACGGUUCACCUAUGGACUACACCAACUGGCCCAACAAAGCUCCAGACUCCAAGCUGCUGACUGCAGACGCCUGUGUCACGACCAGGGUGGUUGACGGUUUGUGGCACCUGGCACAGUGCAACGAGCGGCUGGGGUUCGUCUGCAAAACCUUCUUAGGUAAGAUGGCUUUGGGAUCUUGUGAAUUAACUGUUGAAUUUAUAUAAAACACUUUAAUUGUCUGACUUUUUGUAGCUGUGUGCCCCUAAAAUCUACAUCAGUUCUUCAGGUAAUAAGACCAAAGAGUUUAAACGAAACAGAGAAAUAAAGGAUUAGCAAUAAAUACAGUGGGAGAAAAGUGUAAACAAGACACAGUGAGAGCGACAAGAGCAAAGAUCUAGUGUACAGGAUCCUGAAUGCAAGUGAUCAUAACUUAAAAUAAUGAUCACUCGUUUCUAGUUCCCAUUUUUUGGCAUCUUCUAGCUUAUUUUGGAUUAAUAGAGCUCUAGUGCACUGAUAAAGUUCACCAAGUUGAGCCAGAAAAGCUCUAAUAGACUUAUUAUGAAGUGAAUGUACCCAGCGACAGAUGGCAGACUCAGUUAGCAACCAGUUGGUGAACAAGCUGGGACAAAUACCAUUUUAAGAUGAGUGAAAAUACAGCUUAUGUGCUCAGGAAUGUCUCUCAAAUACUGGGAAAUGUUCAUGGAAACGGCUUGAAAUUCAAGAGGUAUUUGUGAGCAAGUUGUUCAUUGCAGCUUUAAAUAAGAAUAAGAAGAACUUUAUUCAUCCCCGGAGGGAAAUUCAAAAUUAAAGCAAGUCUGAAGAAUAUUUUGACAACAUCUCUACAGAUAAAGAAGGAAAAUGUGUAAGUGUUUAAAGAUAGAAGUGCCUCCAUCUGCAAAAAAAUCUGUUCUGAGAUUUGAGUCCAAAGCUUUUUGUCUGUUUGUUUUUAGUACUGAGUGAGAUCAUAAAUGAUACCCAGAGGUAAAUGAUAAAGAUAUUCAUGUGCUGAUGAAUUGAUGAAGGAUCUUUAUGUAAAGGGAAUUUAUAACCCAUGAUUGGUGUUGUCUUUGAUAUAUUGUUUUUGUCUUCUUUUUUUUUCUUUUGUCCUCUUUGUUUGUUCAGUGUUUUUUAUGGUUGUUGUUGUUGUUUUUGUCUUUUCCUUCUUUCUUAAAUUUUCUAAAAUUUUGGUUUUCUGAUUUAUUCCUCUACACAUGUGUGUAUAUAUAUAUAUAUAUAUAUAUCAAAAAAAAAAAAAGGAAAACAAAAGACAAUUGUUUACGAAGACCACUUGUAAAAUGAAUUGUUCUAAUGGCUGUUGAAUUAUUAUUGUAAAAGUGGAUGUGAAGAAAAAUAAAAAAGAUUUGAGUCCAUAAACAAAGUCCCCGCCCACCACAGAAAAGUUAGAUCUUCAGCAGGAUGUGAAGAUGUUUCACAUAAAUGUACGGUGGAUAGAGCAGCUGGUUGUCACCCUGAUCUUUUUUUUAAUAAUACUUGCUGAACUAUUCUUGAUCACCAGAGUCAUAAAGAUUUGGAAGUAUUAUCAGAUUACAUCCUGAAACCAUGGCGUCUAAAGAUAAGUCUGACCGAACUUUUCUGUGUUUUCUUGCAGAAGAAGUCACUGAGGUGAAAGUGGAGCCACUAAAUAGUAAGUAUUCUUUGAAAGACUGAAUGAGACAUACUUCUUUGGUUUAAUAUAUCCUGCUAUAAAGGUGCCGUAAGUAUAAGCAUUGAGUUUGACAUUAUGUAGCUUUGUUCAGAGAGGUAGCAGAGUGAUAAAAUAAGCUGAGAAUGUGAUAUAAAGUUAUGCAUACGACUCAUAUACUGUGUAUUUGCACUGAACCAGAAGACUGGCUUCAUAGCAGCUACCUUGUUGGGUAUUUUUCAGCUCUUCAUCACGGAGUCAUCCCAGCUGCGGUGCUUGUAGCUGUGCUAAUCUUUGCCCUGCUGGCAGGAGCGAUGUGGUUUUUGUACAAGAGGAAUGCUUCACGUUUUCGGGGGCUUCCUACCCUCGGCAACGCUUAUUACAGACAAACCAGCUCGCAGGCCACGGAGUCGGAUGGAAAUGUUCUGAUCGCUGACCUGGAGGCUAACUCAGGAGAAUAGCACCCAGUGUCUGUUUUUUUUUUUUUUUUUUUUUGAAAGGUUACUCACCAUUUUACUGCCAGGUACGAAUGCCACACGACACUGUAAAGCUGUGACGGUGACUCCUCAGGACAGUGUUGAGAUAAUGAAGGCUAACAGAUCUGUCUUUAAUACGAGGCUGAGUUUGAAGGAUUUCUCUCUACAGUUUUUAGUGGGACAGACGUUUGUAAAUGUGUUUUUGUGUGACACUGAAGAGCCCAUGUUUCAACAUCUAGAUGCAAAAAGUUGACAAAAAUAAGGAAAAUAGAGGGAGGAGGUUCAGGAAGCUUGAUGCCGAUCAUGAUCCCGCGGUACGAUGAGUAAAGCAAUGAUAAUUUGAAAACAGUUAUUCAGGGCAGUGAAGAAAGGAUUUACUCGUUUAAGUUGUCAUCCUCAAAGACACGGUACACUUGGACAAAAUAAAAGUUAUAUUUUCUAUGAUAUUUUGUACAUUUCUGUCAAAUUUCAGGAGCUGUCGGAGCUUUUAAUGCUGUGCAGCUGUUUUGUCAGUAUUAAUUUGUAUUAUAUUUUUUUAAGUUACACAUGCUGUAAAUUGAUACCAGAUGUUUUUUUUUCUCUCUUAAUGUUUAUAACUAACAAAACACGUGAAAGGCUAUAACUGAGGAUUGUUUUGUACGCUGUUGCAUUGCAUAUUGUUAGAUGUUUUUGCACAAUUUUUCUUACGUUUUAAUAAAUCAGAGUUAAGCCUUGGAAGCUGCAGUUUCAUCGUUGAGUCUUAAAUAAGUGAUGAGCCAAAUAAAUACUGGAGUCCUCAAUGAAAGUUUUCCUCUAUUAAUCUAAUAAACCAGAAUACAGCAUGACCAUAAUUUCCUCAUUACGCACCCACGUUACAAAAUAACCCAGAUCAAAGAAGUCUUGAUUUAAUAACAUCUAAGCAUGAACUCUCUAAAUCCUCUGCAGCUCCGCAGGGCAAACCUUUCUGUAAUUUUAUCUUAGUUUAUGCGAAAUAUUGAUGGGUUCCUUGAUGUAAAGUGACAGUGUAGCAGUAAAUAUGUUUUUCCACUCUGAUGUCCUGCCAUCACUCCAAAGAAUCAUUUCAAAGGUGAGGGAAAUUUUGCCAAUAUUAAUAAAAACAAAAUCUAAUGACAUUGAAAUUUCUAAUCAUGCAUGCCUUAAAGCGGCUUCCUGAAAAGUAAUUAUAUUUUGUGGCUUGUUGAAAACAUGACUGAAAAUUCCCUCACUCCAUUUUUUGUCUAGUUCUUCAGUUACAUGAUGUAUCCUGUCAUAUUUAAAUAGUCUUUCAGUUGCUUACAUGAUGGACAAGAACAUAAAUAUUGUCUUAAAUGGAGUCAGUGCUGAGAUUGAAGGUCUUCUUGCACUAAUAAAUUCGUCCCUCUACAUGCAGCUCCAAACAACACAAAACCAUUAGAUGGUCUUAAUAAAGCCUUGAGUGUUUGGCAGCAAGUCAGAGCAGAAAUAUGAGCGAGCAAAGUGGAGCUGCAUUAUCGACAGUUUCUGACAUCAGGAUAUGAAGGGAUUAAUAAUUCAAGAACAGCUGCAAUGUUUACAAAUAAUCUCGGAUGCUCUGCUGUGAAGUGAAACAGGGACUUCCGCUCGAUUUACUACAUGAAAAACACCAACUGCGGUGACGGCAACAACCUGGUGGGUGUGGGUGUGAAGUGGACAUGCGAGAAAAUUUCCGGGCAUUCGGGGACUUUGAUGGGACGGCGAGAAAGUAAAAGAGGAUAAAAAGCAGGCAGAACCGGAUGUUUAUGUUUAUCACCUUCAAAAUAAAACUACAAACAGAAAUAAAGGUCUAAUUAAAAUGU